AUGAACAAUGUUAUGCUUCCAAAAAAAGCUCAAAAGCAUCAAUUUCCUGUAGAAGAAAUUAUUUUAAAAGACGAUCAUGAAAAUUUUUCACUUUGGAUAAAUUAUGAUGCUUUAAUUAUUUUAGAAACUUUUAAACAAAAUUCUAAACAAGCUAGUGAUUUUCUUAUUGCAAUUGCUGAGCCCGUCAGUAGACCAAAAUAUAUUCAUGAAUAUCAAAUAACAGCUUAUUCUUUGUAUGCGGCUGUAAGUGUAGGUUUAUCAACAGAUGAUAUUUUGUCUACUUUAUCUUAUUUCUCUAAAAAUAUAAUGCCUCGUUCUGUUAAAAAUUUUAUAGUUGAAUGUACGUUAAGUUACGGAAAAAUUAAACUGGUAAUUCAAUUUAAUAAAUAUUUUAUAGAAGCCGCAAAUAAUGACAUUUUAAAGAAACUUAUUGAUGAUAAAAUUAUAAGAUCCAAUCUGUUUGUGACAGAUAAUUCGGUUGAGGUCAUAAAUGUUGAACUUGUUAAAAAACGUUGUAUAGAAAUUGACUAUCCUCUUAUUGAAGAGUACGAUUUUAAAAAUGAUACAGUGCUUGAAAGUUUUUUUAUUGAUCUUAAACCUUCAACUAUGAUACGAUCAUAUCAGGAGACCUGUCUUAAUAAAAUGUUUUGUAAUGGUAGAGCUAGAUCUGGAAUUAUUGUGCUGCCAUGUGGAUCAGGUAAAACAUUGGUAGGAAUUACAGCACUAACUACUAUAAAAAAAUCUUGUCUUAUUCUAUGUACUUCUGCUGUAUCAGUUGAACAAUGGAGACAACAAACAAUGUUAUUUACUAAUAUUUCCGGAGACAAUAUUUGUAGAUUUACUUCAGAGUACAAAGAAUGGUAUAAAGAUAAAUGUGGUAUUAUUAUUACAACUUAUACAAUGUUAGCUUAUAACGGCAAAAGAUCACCAGAAGCUCAAAAGAUUAUGGAUCUCAUACAAUCAACUGAAUGGGGGCUACUUCUUCUUGAUGAAGUACAUGUAGUUCCUGCUAUGAUGUUUAGAAAGGUUAUAUCUUUAGUUACUCACCAUUGUAAAUUAGGGUUGACUGCCACUUUAGUACGUGAAGAUGAUAAAAUUGAAGAUUUAAAUUUUUUAAUAGGACCAAAGCUUUACGAGGCAGAUUGGCAAGAUCUUAGUGCCAAAGGGCAUAUAGCAAAGGUUGAAUGUUUUGAAGUUUGGUGCGGUAUGACAGGAGAAUUCUACAAAGAAUAUUUAAUUCAAACAAGUCGUAAAAAAAGACUUUUAUCAAUUAUGAACCCGACAAAAUUUCAAGCGUGUGAAUAUUUAAUUAGUAGACACGAAGCUAAAGGUGAUAAAAUUAUAGUAUUUUCAGAUAGUGUGGCAGCUUUAAAAUCAUAUGCUUUAAAACUAGGCAAACCUUUUAUUUAUGGACCCACUGGACAAACAGAAAGAAUGCGAAUUUUAAAGCAAUUUCAAACUAAUCCAUUAAUUAACACAAUUUUUUUAAGUAAAGUAGGCGAUACUUCUAUUGACUUGCCUGAAGCAACGUGUUUAAUACAGAUUUCUUCACAUUUUGGUUCUAGAAGGCAAGAAGCGCAAAGACUUGGUCGUAUUUUACGAGCAAAAAGACGUAAUGAUCCAGAUUUUAAAGUUUUUUUUUAUUCAUUGGUGAGUAAAGAUACUGAUGAAAUGUUCUAUUCGUCAAAAAGACAACAAUUUUUAGUAGAUCAAGGGUACAGUUUUAAUAUAAUUACUGAAAUACCGGAAAUAUAUAAAAAUGAAAAUAGAGUAUACAAAAGCAAAAGCCAACAAAAAGAAUUACUAGUAUCGGUAUUGUUGUCAUCAGACAAAGAAUUAGAAAGCGAUACUGAAGCAGAUAAUGAAGAAAUUGGUGUUUAUUCUGGUAUUUUAAAAGGGUCUACAGGGGUGGAUGGAAUGGCUUACAUGGAAACAAAUGAACGAAAUGAUUUAGGAAAAAACAAAAGACGUCGUAAAUAA